GUGCAGUUGCGUCGACAACCUUGUCUGUGGAUGGCAGUCGUUGUUUAGUUGGGGAAGGCGACGGCCAAGUCCCGGCGGGGAACGGGCGUCUCGGUGCAGUGGCUCGGUGCCAUGUGAGGCAGUGGGGCGGUGCUCCAGGCCGGUCUAUGCAUCAGCCGUAGACAGGCCGAGCGCACCCGGCUAGAAGGAUCGUAUAAGCGCGACUCCUAUUUAGCAAGGUCCUUAUCCCUUCUUCCUCCUCCUCACUCCUAUCGCCCUUGGAACCUCUUUCUAUCUUAUUUCUUCAAAGCUAUAAUCCUCAUCAUGCCCAUCGUCGCACCUGCUCAUCGCAUCCAUACCAUUCACGGUUCCUUUGGCGGUCCAAGCUUCUCCUCUCUCGUACCCGCAUCCUCGUCUGCUCAAGCAUCUUCGUUCAAUUCAUUACCAAACGUAUCCUACGCGUCCUCCCGGGCUCGUGCAUCGGGCUUGUCGGUUCUGAAUUCACGCACGUCACUCUCGUUCACAACGAACAGUGCGGCGAAUGGGUCACUCUUCACACCAAGGGUACGGAACAAUAAUUUCGUUGCCCCAGUAAGCACACGUCGCGCCCCACCACCGCCUCCGCCCAAGGUGGAGACUGCGCCGGAGGACCCUUUCGCAGACAUGUACAGCGCGACCGAUUGCGUCGUCGUUUCGCUACCAGCACCUCAUCGUGUUGUGCGAACACAAAUGCCCUCCCAGACCUCGCAAAUCCGAGUACCUCCUCCGUCAGUCACAUCUAUGCUUGCCGAGCCCGAGCCUACACCCGUACCCGUAAUACGCUCGGACGAACGCAGGGCAGCCAAAUUGGUUGCAAACGUGCUGUUGAGUAGGGCGUGCGGACGGCCCAUGCGUCGGAGACCAAUGGAUUGUGGAGAGAAGACAUACGUGAAGAGCUGCUUAUCAAAGAUGGUCGAGGUCGAAGCUUAAAGCACGGAGUCUGCUACUGUGGACGCUUGUCCUCGCUGCCCGUCGUGCUGGCUGCUCAAGCCACAAAACUACUUUACAUCCCCCCUCAUUCAUUCCCAUUCACGAAUAUUUUUCACGUUGGAGUACGGUUUUUCUUAUUGAUCAUUGGACGUUUCAGGUGGACCCUGGGAUCCCCGCAUCUUUUCUUCCUUUUUGGUUUUGACGCAUAAUAUUAUAGCUCACUCAUCGUUCUCCUCAUUCCCCUCGCUGUCAUCUGUACAAUUUAUAAAGCAUCGCAAUCCCUCAUCUCAUAGAACGUGUACCUGUGUAAUCUUACGUAUUCUGACUCGUGUAAUUCAUCGUUGUGAUUCUU